AGUGUUACAUUGUUUUAAGAUGCAGUUUAUUUCAGGAGCAUUUGCUUUUUAUCUCUUCACAAAUUUGGUUGUUUGUUCCUUGGCGGAAUACACGACUGAGGAUUGCUGGGCGCUGGGCUCCAACAAAACCAAUUUUCUGUGUUCGUUAUGUGACCAGCUGAAAUCUUUCGAUCUGGAUAUUAUCAAAGAACACUGCACACAGUACUGCCAGAAGGAUGAGAACACAUACGAAGUAAAACAUUAUGCCCAAGCACGGUUAGAACUCUGCACCUGUAAGUUUGAUGCAUAUCCUCAGAUUACAGCUUUUGUCAAAACUGAGAGACGUUCAAAAUUUUCGAAUUUGCAGAUCAAGUAUGUUCGUCGCUUGGAUCCCAUAAUAAAACUAAUGGAUAAAGAUGGAAACGUGAAACAGUUAUUGGCAAUUGAUAAGUGGAAUACCGAUUCAGUGGAAGAGUUUCUGAAGACGCACUUGGAAUUUGUACAAGAUGAAAAGAGAGACUACUUGGAAAGUAAUAUGGUUCGAUGUGUCUUGCUGUGCUGUUUUUUACAUGCAAAAGUUUUAUGUUACUGUACAAUUGCCAAAGUAAGAGCUUGUAAGGUAGGACACAGGUAG